AUGUUCCCAUUGCAAGGUGCCCAGAUGCUGCAGAUGCUGGAGAAAUCCUUGAGGAAGAGCCUUCCUACAUCCUUAAAGGUUUAUGGGACUGUCUUCCACAUGAACCAGGGGAACCCUUUCAAACUAAAGGCCCUGGUGGACAGGUGGCCUGAUUUUAAUACAGUGGUUAUCCGCCCUCAGGAGCAGGACAUGACAGAUGACCUUGAUCACUACACCAAUACUUACCAUAUCUACUCCAAAGACCUCAAAAAUUGUCAGGAAUUCCUCAGCUUACCAGAAGUCAUCAACUGGAAACAGCAUUUGCAGAUCCAAAGUUCACAGUCCAGCCUGAAUGAAGUAAUACAAAGUCUUGCAGCCACUAAAUCCUUCAAAGUCAAGCAAUCACAAAACAUUCUCUAUAUGGCGAUUGAGGCAAUAAGGGAACUGGCUCCUUCCCUGCUGGAUGUAAAGAACUUAUCACUUAGCCAUGGCAAACCCAAGGCCAUUGACCAAGAGAUGUUUAAACUCUCAUCGUUGGAUCCUACCCACGCUGCCGUGGUGAAUAAAUUCUGGCAUUUCGGUGGCAAUGAGUGGAGCCAGAGAUUCAUCGAGCGCUGUAUCCGGACCUUCCCCACCUUCUGCCUGCUGGGGCCCGAGGGGACCCCUGUGUCCUGGUCCCUGAUGGACCAGACAGGAGAGAUGCGGAUGGGGGGCACCCUGCCUGAGUACCGGGGCCAUGGUCUCGUCACCUACGUCAUCUAUUACCAGACCCAGGCUCUGAUCAAACGUGGCUUCCCCGUGUAUUCUCAUGUAGACAAGAAUAACAAAAUUAUGCAGAAAAUGAGUCGCAGUCUGAAUCAUAUCCCUGUGCCCUGUGACUGGAACCAGUGGAACUGUGUGCCUCUGUGA